AUGUCCGGUUCCACCCAGCGUGCUGAGCAGCAGCGGCGCAUACAGCAACUCCACGAGCGGCUUGAGCUGUACAACAUCGCUGACAGCCACGCGGACCCGGCGAGCAACUCUGCUGGCGGCGUAGGCUUCGCCGGUACUGGCGGGCUUCAGACUGGUAGUGGCGACAAAGCACCGGCGACGAAGCCGUCCCGGGCUGCUCCGAUGUUAAGCUCGCUCGAUCCCAAGCCGACGCCGGCUCCCGCCUCCAACGCAUUCUUUGCCUCUUCCCUUCCGCGGCGAGCGGCAGAUGCAGGCACGCCGUCCGCCACUGAAAUAGCUGAGGUGUCGCGGGCCUCGCCGGCACCACAGCAGCAGCCGCAGGCGCAGAUACCAGCUCCGGCGCCUGCACCCCAGCUCGCCCGCAACCUCGCUCAGGAGUUCUGCGGGUCUCCUGCGAGCCCAACCCAUGCGUCGCCGACCAGAGCUGCUUCUCGCCCUUCGGGGAUGACGAGCGGGGCAGCGGCUUCCCCGGUUGCUCCGGAGCGUCCUUUUGCCACCGCUGCCUACCCUGAGUCGGGAACCGAGGCAGCAGCGGCCACGACAGCUGCCAACGCCGGCUCCCCGCGUCUCGCCUCCAAUGUUUUCAACUAUUACGAGGACUCCAAGUCUGACGGGAGCGAGGGCGACGAGUACGAGGUGGAGGAGGUGGAGGAGUACAUGGAAGAUGAGGAGGACUACGAUGAUGACGAGGAGGAUGCCCGGGACCACACGAGUAGGAAGGGAUCCCUGACGCUGGAGGACGUGCUGCGACGCCUCCACCGCGCCUGCAGCGGCUCCUUUGAUCAUGCGACGGCAUCAUCCCCGCUAGGGCAGGCUAUGGCAGCAGCGUCCGCCUCGUCCCCGCUUAUGCGUAAUCCGUCACUGGUAUCUGUAAAACCCGCCGCCGCUGCGGCGCCGCGUGUUACGUCGACCGCCGCCGCCACCAAUCCCAUAGGUGCUACCUAUCCCUUUCUCCAGCAAGCGGCAGAAGUUUAUCGUCAGCGCCAUCUUUACAAAGCCACUCAGGAACAGAAGCAACGUCAUAGUCCAUUCAACACCGGCCACGCGUGGAGCACGGAUGAGGAGACGAGCGUGACCGACACAUCGACCUCCGAGCGGACGGAAAGACUGGGUGAUGCGCCUGAGAGCCGCUCCGCAUCCGACUCUUCCUCUGCUUCAGCGGCUUCGAAGAGGCACCUGGCUGCGGCGAACACGACCGCAGCUGUACAAAGCAGCGGCUUAUCGGCGGCGGCACUGCAGCCACUCGCAGACGCAGCAGCUGCGACUCGCACCGCCUUGGACGUGGCGAGCGCGGAGAAGGCGCUUUCUUCCACUGCCCUGUGCUUCGAUCAGCUGGAGACUGCUUAUCGGCGCCUGCUCAUCCUUCAACAAGGGGCCAAGUACGUAUCUGAGCUUGCGGGACCGGAGUGCUUUCCACGUCCGCUACCGCGCCAAGAGGACGCUCACGCACUAGCCGAGCAGCGCGACAUGGUGGUGAGGCGUGACACGGAGAUGCGGGCGGCACCGCCGGCAGGGGCGUCGCUGGAGGAUUUGCGGCAGCGCGAGAGCGCCGCCAUCGAGAGGACACUGGGAUUUCUCCGCGAGAAGUUCGACGCAGCGUUGAAGUCCUUGAAGCUCGUCGCCGAUCGUGAGGCAGUCGUCGAGGGGAAACGGUGCACGUUAAAGCAGCGGGAGGUGGACAUUGCAAAGCAGCGCGAGGCCCGGGUCAUCGUCGAACGCGAGGUCGCCGCGGCCGAGAAGCGCCUCAUGGAGCGCUCAGAGCAGCUGAGGAAGCGGGAGGAGGACUACAGUGCCCGCCUGCAGCAGCAUGACUGUCAGCAGAAGGCGGCGCAGGAACAGAUAGGCGAGGUGGAGCAGCUGAGCAAGCAGGUCUCCUCGUGGCUAGCGAUUCUUGAAGAGCGCGAUCGCCGUCUGGCCAGGAAGGAGAAGCGUCUGCAGCGUGUGCAGGCAGACCUGCUGAAGCGCACCGAAGACAUCAUUGUGUGGAAGAGGGCGACGCAGCGCAUUAAGCAGAUCCCGCCGCCCCCGUCUCCGCCGCGUAUUAGCUGA